AUGAGCUUCUCAAAGCCGCGGGAGACUAAUGCUUCCUUCCCCCCCCCAGUGUUCCUCUGCGGCACCAUCCCGCUCCUCAUCAUCGCCUACACCACCUCGCCCUUCGUGGCCUGGGUGCACCUGCGCCUGCCGCCGUACGCGCGCCACUCGCGCGAGGUGCUGCAGCGCUUCGCGCGCACCAUGCCGCCCAACACGCGGCUGCAGGUGACGACGAUGAACAUGAUCGGCAAGCCGCGCGUCAGCGACAUGACCGUGUCGGACCUGCGCCCCGCGCACCAGCGCCUCGGCGUCGUCAACUACGUGCGCGACACGGCGCUCGAGAACGCCGCCCGGCCCUGGUGGAUGUUCCGCGCCGUCGGCCGCUUCAGCAUCCAGCGAGCGUCGUCGGGGACCGCGGAUGCCAAGGAGGGCUGGGUCUGGAGGGAGGUCGCCGAUGGCAUUGCGAGACGGCAGGAGCAGCAGCAGGCUAGGAAAUAG